GCCCAAUAAUCACUGAAUCCAAUUGUGAUUUAUUCUGAGUCAGGAUUUAUUCUGAUUCUCAGCAUUGUACAAACUGGCCUUCAGGAUGUAGUUCCAUGCAUAUUAGACUGAAAAAGGCCUAAAACUCCAAGGAUCACCCCAGCCAGUCAUGAUUUUAUUUCCCGUCUAAAUAUGUGUAGGAUUGCAACCCAAGCAUAUAACUUUUGUACUUGCUACUGGCUUGGGGACCAAAGUAGAUCUGACAAGCCGGAAAUGUGCACAUUUCUGGCUCUUGUUGCACAGCUGGAGAUUCUUCCAUGUUCUUGUUCCUUAUUUUGCUUUUCUUUGAUUCUCACUGCUCUUGUCCUUCACCAUUGGAGCCCUUAUCUAGGACAGCAGCCUUAAUCUGUACAAAUCCGCCUAGGAACUUCCACAGUAUCUGCGGCAUUUGUGUGUCUCGGUUGGCCACCGUUCUUUACCGUUCUUUAACACUGGCCUGCGGGGUGGGAAAUCACACAGCCCAGAGUCUUGUUCUUACAGUGCAGCAGCCACAUAAUUUUAGACCCUGGAUUUUAGGUCUUUGUGCUUUCCUUCAGUUGUGCAAUGCACAGCUAACAUUUCUCCCCAUCCCAUGCUUCACAAAUGGUUUAAUCUUCUUGAUACCUGGCAGCAAGAAACCAAAGUAUUUUUGUAAAUCCAGUGUGCUCACCCUCUCAGCAACAUUUUGAGCAUAUGCACUUUGAUAUCGACGCAUUUAAAUCAAAGCACGAUCAGGAUCAGAAGAAUAAAUGGAAGUUGCUGCCGUGACGUGGAACACAUAUACUUGGGAAUAAGCACCACUUGGUUGCGGAAAAGGGAAAUAUAUAUCAUUAUGUAAGUAAAAAGAAUAAAUGAACAUAUGUACCAGGAACAUGAUGCCUGGCUAGCUGCCACCUGAUGAUGAUGAUGAUGCUCAGGCUGGCCUAGGUGUUGACACUGUACCUGAAGGCAACUGCCCACUGCUGGCACUUUCUGGUGGCCACUAGAGCCUUUCCUGGGCUGCAAGACCCGCUGUUCCGGCUGCAAAGUCCUGCCCUGGUUUUACCAUUGGGUCCCCAACCUUUUGGGGCCUGUGGACAUACUUGGGAAUUUUAGAAAUUGCUGUGGGCACCAUCACAAAUUGCCCAAUCAGUGGAUUGCUGCCUUAGCACCUACUGGGCGCAUCUGUGGAUCGAAGGUAUUCUUUGGACACUGCGAUGUUUCUUUAAUAGGAGAUUGCCUAAUGCGGCUCUAAGUGCACAUAAUUGCUUCUUUUAAACACAUAUCUUGACAAUGUUCGGUAGUGGUAUAAACUUGGGAGGUAUUUAUUGUGAGCCUGUCAUUAGGCAGAAUGUUCUGCUUCACUACAGACAAGCUCUACAAACAAAAGAGCAAUUAUAAUGAUGCUGAGGCUAAAACAGGCAAGUGCUCCACCAGAGCUCCUGCAGGUGCUGAAUUGGGGCCCAAGGAGCAGCGUGAGCUUGUCUCUGUCCAGAUCAUGCAAAGACUCGUCUAGACUGAUUCGAGAUCGUUGCACAUGGAAAACUGCAUGCCGAGUAGAAAGGAUGCAGUUGAGACUUUUCUGUGCCGUGCUAGCUUUCUAAGAAUAGGACUGAAUUUUCAUGGGUCACCUAUAGUCCAAAGUGGCAGAGCGGGACCAUCUCAGGGAGAACUAGACUGAGAAGCUGUGCUUACCUUAUUCUGAGGGCAGGUGGUGGAGAGUUGUCCAGAAUGAUUUGCAUUUAGAGAUGACAUUAAUAGGAUUAGGAACAGGAAGGCCGUGUUUGGAUGAUAACACAUGAUAUUAGAGCAGGUAAAGAACAUGCAGGACAGCAGAGAAAGGAGAUGUAAGCUGCCUGGGUUCCCCCCAAGAGGGAAAAGGAGAGAUACCAUUCAUAAAUGCACACAUAAAUAUAAAUAAUUAGUUGCUGAAUAAGGAACCACUGUUUUAUAUUAUGACAAAGAUUCUCACUUAAAGAGCACCAGUUUUCAUGGAUCAGAGUGAUCUGUGGUUAGUAGAUAUUUACACAAGCAGAUGGGGUGUGAGGGGAAGAAUUGUAAACAGCAGAGGCUAAGGGAAAAUUAAAUGCAACAAUAUGACAUGUGCCAACGAUGUUAAAUCUUAAAGGGAUGUAUGUUUGUUACAUUCACACAGCAAUGUCAAUACCACAAGCAUUCUGACUUUCCUAAGUCAGUUAAAAUCUGUUUUAGUGGGAAAGUUAAGCUAUUACAUCCAGGGAGGCCAAAUGUGAUUGCAGAGGCAAAUAUAGUUGAAGCGCUGAAGGUGAACAGACAUAUAUAAAAUACCAAGGUGACUAUUCUAUUCUACUGGAACUUCAAAGGGAGACUCUAGUAUGAAACUGCUGAAAUUCAACGUAUCAAGAAGUUCAGUUCUGUGGGCUAAACUGAGAUAACAUCUUUUAUGUUUAUGUGAUAAUAUCUUUGUGUGUUUGUUUAUGCCUUUGCCUUUAACUGUUUAUAAGCGCUGAUGGCUUUCGCAUCAUUGCUCACAUGAUAUGCCGUAAUACAUUCUGCAACAGUGCACAAGAAAACCUCAAAUAUGCCUCAAGUACAGCGACCCAUGGAGAGUUUCUCCGGAACGAGAAAGAGGGAAAUGAGACACGUUUAAUCGCUUUAUUCUAAAACUACUUCUAGAAGUUAGUUUGCAUUGAGGGAUCUGAAUGGCCCAAGGACUCUGUGGAGAUUUGAUCCAGGCCUCUAAUUCCAGCUCACUUUCCAACUUCAACUUCCUAUUUCCAGCCAACCACGAUGAUUCACAACAAUGAGGAAAUGCCUGUGCAUUUCAGCAGCUGCAGGUCAGCCAGUUCUGGGAUUUAACCAACACAUGACUCCACUGCGAGGUGAUUCAUUACAAGAGAUUUGGUAAACCAGCCAAUUGGUGUGUCCCAUUUACUAAAGCCAUUUUAAACCUGUGACAGAUCUGAUUGCCACCUUCCUCAGAUGCUGCAGACACAGCAGUGAGAAACCGGAUGUCCUUCUUUCUCUCAUUUCCAUUUAUCAGUGCAGACGUAGGUUCUGCAAGAUGACCAUUCUUAGAAUUUGCUACAUUCCUCUCUCAAACCUUUGAAAUUAAAGAAACUCUGCACGGUGUGUACAUGAAGUGCAAGUUAGGUUCAGUGGAAUGCAGGAAAAACUCGGAUGGGGAAGAGAAGAGUAUGAACUCAAGAAACAGGGCAGAGGAAAAACACACACCAGGAACUCAUCCCACAUCUGCUAAGAUCCAGUGGGAUGUUUCACCUCCUCUCUACCUGUUGGUCUUGGCUGCAGGCAAUCCAAGAGCCAAUGAGGAAAGUGACCAUCCUUGUGCUUGGUCCAGGUGGAGCUGGGAAAAGUUCCCUAGUCAAAGAAAUCCAGAGAGUUCUUUCCUGUGAGCUGCUCCCCACCACGAAGCCCAACCAGACAGAGCUCAGGGUGGAGAGGUUUGAGGUGUCCCUCAUCGACCUGCCCGGGGGGCAACAGUCAUGGCGAACCUGGAAGGACCACUACGGCCUGGCUCACGGGAUUAUCUUUGUGCUCGACUCCAGUGAUGUGGCAAAGAUGGAUGAGGCCAAGAAGACCCUUUCCCGUGUGUUGGGACACCCGAAGGUUUCGGGAAAGCCUCUUUUACUGCUGGCAAACAAGCAGGACAAGGGGGAAUCUCUCUUGCCUUCUGAGGUCAUCGAAUGCCUGUCUCUGGAGCAGCUGGUGAAUGAAAGCAAGUCCCUGUGUCGUAUCGAACCCUGCUCAGCUACCAAAAGACUCCCCAAAAUCCAGUGCUGGAGCAUCGUCCAAGGAAUCCACUGGCUCUUGCGCACCAUUGCCGUGAACUACGGCACCCUGUGUGGCCGCAUCCAGGAAGACGACCCCGAGAGACAGGCGUCAGCAGAGCAGGAGAGGAUGGAGAAAGCACAGCGAGCCAGGAGUGGGCCGCAGGGAGACAGGGAGUCACGGACCAGAAGGAAGAGCUGCCCAGAAGAAAGUGCAAAGACAGAAGAAAGAAAAACCACAAAGCUGUCCCAGAAUAUUUCUGCACAGAAGGAGGAAAAAGCCAUUGCAUCCAAGAAAAGGAAGGGGAGGGUCAAGCUGAAGAUGAAAAAGAAAAGCUUGGCCCCGUCUGAGGACACCUUCACUGCGGACGAGAGUGGCAAAGCAGCAGUGGGCGGGAGCAAAGCUGGAGUGGUCCCCGGCCUCCUGCACAGCAACAAGGUCGCCCAAGAGAAUCUCAGGAGUCUGGAUACCCCUCCACCCCCACCAGGACAGCGAACAAAGAAGAAAAAUAAAAUACUAAAAAAUAAAAUAAAAACUCAAGAAUCGUUACAGCUGCAGCCAAAUGAGAACCUGUCAAGUACUUUUGAUUUGUAUCGGAGAGCCAUGCUAGCUCUGAAAAUGCAGCAAGAGAGACAGAAGCCACAAUCUGCAGCUAUUCCCUGAACCAUGAGCCCGGGAAUUCAAAACAGGUCUCUUGGAAGUGAAAAUGCAGCAGCCAAGGACCUAGUUCUGUGGUGUUCCUCUUCAAAGUGUGACAUUGUGAUAUUCAAAGAAGAGGCAAACGGGCUGAAUCUCAGGAAGAGUGGAGAUCUGAGAAGCUAGAACCCACUGCUGAGAUUUGCAGGCUCAUCCUAGGGAGAAGGGGAGCCACAUUUGCAAAGGAAAUAUGAGGUUCUGAGGCAGUACCAGAGCCCCCUCUUCUGGCCAGAGGCCAGAAUAGCAGCCCUGGUGGUUGCAGGACCAGGCCCGUGGUCAACCGCAGCUACCUGGAAUGUCACAAGCACCACCGGGGAGCCCUAAGCAAAGAGCUAUAUAAGAACCGGCUCUUCCCUUCAGCCGUGGCCUCACCAGCAAAAGUCGCUGGUGGUGUUGUUGGGAGUGCUCUGUGCCUCCUGGAGAUUGCCUGUCGCCUUGCUCCUGCCUCUGGAUCAUGCCUGGGGUCACCUGCUCCAGCU